AUGUCUGAUCGAAGUUGGAUAAUUUGGACAGAUAUCAGUGGAACAAUCGGUUUCAGCCUAUCGAUUUUAUCGAAUUCUUGUCUAUUUUUAAUGAUUUGUUUUCUGAAAACAACCAAAAAUAUUGGUUCUUAUAAAUAUUUGCUCAUUAUUUUCUGCAUCUUCACAUUAUUUUAUGCGAGUGUUGAAAUGUUAUUGCGACCUUUGAUACAUUCUUAUGAUGACACGUUGUUUUUGAUUCAGAGAAAACGAUUUGAUUGGGGAAAGUUGGCGACGAGAUUGGUGGCUAGUAGGUUUUUUUGAGGGAGGAGGGAAAUUAGGAUUUUUCAAAUUUCAGUAGGCUCCAUUGAAAUUUUCCCCAAAUUCCCACGGCAUGUUUUUUGUGAAAACAUUUUUUUGCAAAAUUAACGACCUAAUUCCGCUAACUUGAUUUUCCGCGAAAGAUACUUGGAAAAGUGAUUUAUUUCAAACCACAUGGGAUAAAUUAGUUUUUUGAGCUCUAAAAUUUCAGGUGGAAUUUUCUGAAGUUCAAUGAUCAAAAUUCCAGAUGAUUUUGUGGUGAACAUUUGAGUCAGCUCUCAUUUUUUAGACAGAAUUUUUUAAUUCUGAAAAUAAUUUCGAAAAAAUAAAAAUGUUGAAAUUUGAUGCUGUGGAAAUGCAAAAAAUUGUAAUUUUUGCCCAAAGGUUAGAGUACUGUAUAAUGAAAGGUUUGGUUACAGUUGAUCAAAGACCUCAAACGUAAAUUAUAAGUUUCAGUAUAAAAUCUGAAUUUCUCUACUCCCAAAGUCCACCUCAUUCCCCAAAUUUCCAGCCACAUACUGCGGUUGUUAUGCCAUGAGUUUCACUCUUUUUGCUCUCCAAUUCAUCCACCGAUAUAUCGCAACUUGUAAACCCCAACAUCUCCAUCAUUUCGAUGGCAAAAACUUCCUUUUGUGGAUUUUUGGCGCAAUUUCGAUUGCGAUUAGUUGGGCUUGCGCUGCACUGUUUCUCUUUCCUCAAACUUUGAGAACUCAUCAAAGUUUUUUGACGAUUAUUAAAGAUUCCUAUGAUUUAGAUCCAUAUUGGACAGAUUAUGUGCCUUAUAAAUAUGUGAGUUUUUAGUGAUUUUUCAAAUAUUCUCUCCAGUACUCAAGAAAAUUUUUUAGUUUUACUACAAUGAACUUGGCCAAAAAUUGCCUGAUUUACAAAAUAUGUCUGGAAUUUUCCAGCAUCUUUUAGUAAUCUUUAUAAGCUUUUUAAUUCUAUUCUACUGCGGAACUCAAACAUUCUUCGAAAUGCAUAAAUUCCGUGGAAUUUCGAAUAAAACUCGUGAUCUACAAUUCCAACUUUUCCGCGCAUUGGUAGUUCAAACUAUUUUUCCAAUGAUUUUUGUGUAUAUUCCAACUGCUUUCAUUCUUGCUUGCCCAUUUUUUGGAUUGGAAUUUGGAGCAAUCACUAAUUAUCAAUCAAUUUUAACACAACUUUAUCCUGGUAUUGAUCCAAUUAUUUUUAUAUUUUUGAUAAGGGAUUAUCGAAAAACUGUGAAACGUGUUAUUUUUGGCAAAGUUUUCAAGAAUACGGUAGCCAGUGAAUACAGUGCACCAUCUUCAUGA